CAAAGUGUGUGUGAGAGAGUGUGAUGCAGCUACUAUGGGUGGUAGUGAUGGGGGUGUUAGGAGCCUUUUGGGCAGAGGGAGAGGAGGCUCUCUGUCGGAUACUGGGAAGACCAGAGUUCCCUAUGCUGUCCAAGGAAGGAGAAGUGACUAUCGGAGGAGCCUUCUCCAUCCACACCAAAAUCUCAGAGCCCCAACUCUCCUUCACAGACACACCACCUCCUCUCAUCUGCUCCAGCAUGAACCUCAUAGAUUUUCAUUUAGCUCAGACCAUGAUCUUCGCCAUCGAAGAGAUCAAUAACAGCAGUUCUCUGCUCCCCAACAUCUCUAUUGGCUACAGGAUAUAUGAUAGUUGUGGCUCGACUCUGUCCUCCAUGCGUGCGGUUAUGGCUCUGAUGAACGGUCAGGAGAGGACGGUGGGAAAGACCUGCUCUGGCCAAUCAGCAGUCCACGCUAUCAUCGGUGCCUCUGAUUCUUCCUCCACUAUUGUGAUGUCACGAUCCACAGGAGCUUUUCAAAUACCAGUGAUCAGCCACUUUGCCACCUGUGCAUGUCUGAGUAACAGAAAGGAGUUCCCCUCCUUCUUCAGAACCAUCCCCAGUGACUUCUACCAGAGUAGAGCCCUGGCCCAACUGGUCAAAUACUUUGGCUGGACCUGGGUGGGGGCUGUUAGAAGUGACAAUGCUUACGGGAACAACGGCAUGGCGACCUUCAUGGAGGCUGCUGGUCUGGAGGGUGUGUGUAUAGAGUACUCUGAGGCUAUCUUAUGGAACAACCCCAGGGAGCAGAUAGCCAGGGUGGUUGAGGUGAUUAGCAGGGCCAGCUCCAAGGUUGUGGUGGCCUUUCUGUCCCAGUGGGAGAUGGAUGUUCUGCUGGAAGAGGCACUGGCCCAGAACCUGACCGGGCUGCAGUGGGUAGGCAGUGAGUCCUGGAUAACUAUUGAUCGCCUGUCCACUAGGAGGAGCUCUCCUGUCCUCAGCGGUACUCUGGGAUUCACCAUCAGUAAGUCUAAGAUCCCAGGCCUCAGAGAGUUCCUGCUCCGGGUCGGUCCAGCCCAGGAUCCCAACAACACCCUGCUCAGAGAGUUCUGGGAGACCACGUUCAGCUGCAGGUUUUCCCCUCAGCAGGAGAAAGACAGUGGGCCUAGGCAGAGGCAGUGCUCUGGGUCUGAGAGACUGGAGGAAAUCAGUAACCCCUUUACUGACACUUCCGAGCUGAGGUUCUCUAAUAAUGUGUAUAAGGCAGUGUAUUCUGUGGCCCACUCCAUACAUGACCUGCUGACCUGCAGGCACGGUGAAGGCCAAGGUGGGAAUAGGAACUGUGCACACAGAGACAGCAUCGAGCCAGGACAGGUGUUGAGAUACCUGCGGGACUUAAACUUCAUCAUGAAGUCUGGGGAGAGAGUUUAUUUUGAUGAGAACGGAGACCCCACAGCCAUCUAUGAGCUGGUGAACUGGCAGAGAGACCAGGCAGGAGAGACUGUGUUUGUCACUGUGGGGAAUUACAAUGCCUCUCUCCCUAAAGGAGACCAGUUUGCCAUGAAUGGGAUACAGAUUGUAUGGGCUGACAAUCCCUUAAAGAGGCCUCGGUCUGUGUGUAGUGACAGCUGCCUCCCAGGGUACCGCCAAGCAGAGAUCAAAGGAAUGCCAGUCUGCUGUUUUUCCUGUAUCCCCUGUGCUGCUGGAGAGAUCAGCAACCUAACAGACUCAGCUAAAUGCACACAGUGUUCCCUGGAAUACUGGUCCAACGGAGACAAGAGUCGUUGUGUCCCAAAGGUGGUGGAAUUUCUCUCAUUUGACGAAACCAUGGGAAUCCUCCUGGCUGCAAUCUCAUUGGUUGGAGCGUGUUUAACCAUAGUGGUGUCAUUGAUCUUCUUUUGCUUCCGAGAGACUCCGAUCGUCAAGGCCAGCAACUCUGAGCUGAGCUUCCUGCUGCUCUUCUCCUUGACUCUGUGUUUUCUGUGUUCUCUUACUUUCAUUGGCCGGCCCUCUGAGUGGUCCUGUAUGUUGCGCCACACAGCGUUUGGGAUCACCUUUGCCCUGUGUAUGUCCUGCGUCCUGGCAAAGACCAUAGCGGUGGUGAUAGCUUUCCAGGCCACAAUGCCAGGCAAUACAGUUCCCCAGUGCUCUAUUCCUCUCCAGAGAAUCAGUGUGUUCAGUUGUACCCUCCUACAAGUGGUUAUAUGUGUUCUCUGGUUAGCUCUAGCUCCUUCAGUCCCAGUCAAAAACACAGCCCACGCCACUGAAAAGGUCAUUCUAGAGUGUGAUGUGGGUUCAGCUAUUGGUUUCUGGGCUGUGUUGGGGUAUAUAGGACUCCUGGCUCUCUUGUGCUUUGUGCUGGCUUUUCUAGCUCGAAAGCUGCCUGAUAACUUCAGUGAGGCCAAAUUCAUCACCUUCAGCAUGCUCAUAUUCUGUGCAGUCUGGAUCACCUUCAUACCAGCUUAUGUCAGCUCUCCUGGGAAGUUCACUGUAGCUGUGGAGAUAUUUGCCAUUUUGGCCUCCAGUUUUGGGUUGCUUUUCUGUAUAUUUGGUCCAAAGUGUUAUAUCAUAUUACUUAAACCAGAGAAAAAUACAAAAAAACACAUAAUGGGGAAAAGUCAUGUAAAAUCACAGUAAUGUAGUUUACAGAACGGAGAACUGGAGGAAAAAGGUUUCAAUUUAAUUCAGGGGGAUGUUUUAGUAUUUUUUUUAUCUAGUCCAGAAGAGGGUCAUGUAAUUUUUCAUUUUUGACAUUUCAAUAUUUUUAAUUGUUUUAGAAUGAGUUGCUUAUUAGGCUAUAUCUCCAUGUACCCGAUGCCGCCCUUCAUCUCUGAUUCUCUGCACUGUGCGCAACAUCAAGUGCGUCUAUAGGCUGUUUAGUAUGGUCUCAAUCAAAUGAUCCAUACCGUAGGCUAUAGUCCUAGGCUAUACGAAGUGCAUGCUCGGAGAAGCACAGUUAUCUAUUUUUAUAUAGAAGCACCAUGGCUAAGAAAAACUCCUUUGCAAGGCCAAAACCUAGUAAACCUAGAGAGGAACCAGGCUCUGAGGGGUGGCCAGUCCUCUUCUGGCUGUGCCGGAUUGAGAUUAUAAGAGUACAUGGCCAUUAAGGCCAGAUGGUUCUUCAAGAUGUUCAAAUGUUCAUAGAUGACCAGCAGGGUCAAAUAAUAAUCAGUGGUUGUAGAAGGUGAAACAGGUCAGCACCUCAGGAGUAAAUGUCAGAUUGCUUUUCAUAGCCGAGCUUUCAGCGGUUGAGACAGCAGGUGCAUUAGAGAAGGAUAGAGAGAGAGAGAGAGUCGAAAACAGCAGGUCCGUGACAAGGUGGAACAUCCGGUGAACAGGUCUUGGUUCCAUAGCCGCAGGCAGAACAGUUGAAACUGGAGCAGCAGCACAGCCAAAGCACAGCCCCCACACCACGAGAGGGAUAAUCUCCGAUAGCAUCACACCCAUCAUUAACGGUAACAUAUCAAGGAUUACAGAUGGAGUGCUGUCAGGACCCUGACGUGUGAGACACCGCAGCUAGAAGACCUCCUGGUGAUCACUCCACUAACAGUCACAGCUAAGGCUGGGGAGCCUGUGUGGAGAUGUUAUGGAACAAAAUAACUGUCACAGUUCUCAAUCGAGGGAGACAUCAACUUAGGAGACAUUUUCUCCUUUCACCAAAACCCAGUAGAGAGAAUAAAGUAGACCUCGCACGUCAAACGUCUGAUUUAUGAGCCUAUGUCCGGAUGACACGUACAUGCCCAAAUAUGGGCAUCCGGUCAGGACAUCCUGGCGGGAAGGUGUCACGUGGUUUUGCCAAUAUGAGUGCAUCCUGUUCCUGUUGUCAUUUGGGUACAGCAAGCUCAUCCCUCUCUCUCUGUCUCCUACACUCAGGCUGCUGCGACCUCAGGUCGUAAAUUCCUGGAGGCGAUUAUCUCCUCAUGGCCACAGUAUAUAGAGAGGGACGUUUUCAUAGAGAAAACAAAGGAAUUUCUUCCACCUCACAGAACUUGAGGUCUGAACAACAUUUAUGUUGUGGAGAAUGUAUAAAAGAUCGGUGAAGCAUCUAGCUACGAACUGAUCCGUUUGGUACAAUUUUGUGAAACUCAUGAGAGACAAUACGGCCACAUUACCAUAACUCUGUUUAUAAUAUAGCCUCAGUUUGGAGGCUUGCAUCUAAUUUCUGUACAGGAUGAAUGAGGAAAGAUGAAACUAUUUGUGAAAAUAUGGGAUGCUAUGUAAUGAUGUAAUGUGAGAGAAUUGUAUUUCUGUGUAAACUUUCACUUAAGUCACUGGCACGCCCCCAUGAACACAGGCAGGACUUGACGUCAUGAGACAGCCUUUUUCUGCUCUUCCGAAUAAAACCCCCACCUUGAGAAUUCUUCAACAGACCAUGUUUCUCUCAAUCACGAGAGGACAAAGGUUGCAGACCAGCUUACCUCGAUAAAGAGAGGGCCAAGGUUUGAGACGAUGGCUGAAUCUUUUAACCAUCCCACGUGGUUAAACUCUUAGACUAUCGAUACCAACAGAAUAAGAACAAGUGUUUGAUUAAAUUACUAGUCUGCAGCUAGGAAUUCGGUAUCAUUGAACGUGAAGACCGACAACCUCAGAAACAUCUAUUCUAUAACGACGUGAAUGAAUGUCACUCUGAACUAUCCAUACUAACCACGACAGAGAGAGCGAGAGGGCGGACAGACUCUCCAACAGAAACAAACUUUUCAACAGAGAUCCCGACGACACACUGAGCGUAAAUAUAUAUAUUGAUUGCAAUUGUUCCCGAAUGUGCAAGGGAUUAGCAUUACAAUUGUUAUAAUUAUCAAAUGUGUGUUGUCUUAUCUCAGUCGACCCCCUCUUCCCCUUUGUACACCAAGCCGCAAUGCUGGUUUAUCCCACUAGGAAAACUCCAUUAUC